ACUACUCCUCUCCACGCCUCCGCACAGUCAGCUUCUUUCUUUCACUUUUCCUUUCACACAUUGCGCAGCUGUCCUUAACUGCGUACUGUUCUGUUUGUCUAUCGACGGGCGACGACCCCACUCUUCGUACGCCACCUGAAGCCUGCACAAUGGCUUCUUUCCUACGCACAGCUAGCCGGCUACGGCCCGCUGCUGCUCGAUCUAUCGCCUUCCAGAGCUCGAAGAUGACUACAGCAGUCUCAUUCCCAGCCCAGCGGCAAUAUGCCUCUGCGGCCGCCUCAGCAACCAUCUCGAAUGACGUCGAGCAGCCGUUCUUCCCAGACGAGCCCAAAGGACCAACCGUCAAGACGGCCAUCCCAGGCCCGAAGAGCAAGGCUGCCAUUGAGCAGCUGGAGAAGGUGUUCGACACCCGCAGUCUGAACAUGAUGGCGAACUACAAUCAGAGCUUUGGGAAUUAUAUUGCGGAUCUGGACGGUAAUGUGCUGCUAGACGUUUACGCCCAAAUCGCCUCCAUCCCAGUAGGAUACAACAACCCAGCCUUGCUUCUCGCUGCAACUUCUCCCGAGAUGGCCAGCGCCAUCAUCAACCGCCCCGCCCUCGGCAACUUUCCCCAACACGACUGGGCCGAGAUCCUAGAGACUGGUAUCCUGAAGGUGGCGCCCAAGGGCCUGAACCAAGUCUUCACUGGCCAGACCGGCUCAGAUGCCAAUGAACUGGCAUACAAAGCAGCUUUCAUGUGGAGGAGGCAGCACGAGCGUGGAGGUGCCCAUGUCGAGUUCAGUGAUCACGAUAUCGCAUCCUCCAUGGUCAACCAGUCCCCUGGCGCGCCCCAGCUCUCCAUCCUUUCUUUCAAGGCCGGUUUCCACGGCCGCCUGUUCGGCAGCUUGAGCACGACCCGCAGCAAGCCCAUCCACAAGCUUGAUAUCCCCGCCUUUGACUGGCCCCAGGCCCCCUUCCCCGUAUCCAAAUACCCGCUCGACCAAUACGCCGCCGAGAAUGCCGCCGAGGAGCAGCGCUGCCUCGACGAGACUGAGCGUCUAAUCAAGGAAUGGCCACAGCCACCUGCGGCCGUCGUCGUCGAGCCCAUUCAAUCCGAGGGCGGCGACAACCACGCCUCUCCCGCUUUCUUCCGCGGUCUGCGCGCUCUCACCCGCAAGCACAACGUCCUCUUCAUCGUCGACGAAGUGCAAACCGGCGUCGGCGCUACCGGCAAGUUUUGGGCCCACGAGCACUGGGGCCUCACCGAUCCCCCAGACAUGGUCACCUUCAGCAAGAAGGCCCAGGCCGCAGGCUACUACUUCGGCAACAACGAGCUGCGUCCGAACAAGCCAUACCGCCAAUUCAACACGUGGAUGGGCGAUCCAGCGCGUGCGCUGCUCUUCCGCGCUAUCAUACAGGAGAUUGAGCGUCUGGAUCUGGUGCAGAACACCGCUACUACCGGCGAGUACCUGUACAAGGGCCUUGAGCGUCUCGCACAGGCGUACCCAAGUGAGAUUCAGAACUUGAGAGGUAAGGGCCAGGGCACUUUCUUGGCGUGGGACAGCCCGCGUCGGGAUGAGGUGCUGAAGAAGGCAAAGACGGUGGGUGUGAACGUUGGCGGUAGUGGUGAGAGGGCGGUGCGGCUGAGGCCGAUGUUGAUCUUCCAGAAGCAUCAUGCCGACAUUUUCCUCGAGAGCUUGGAGAAGGUCUUUAAGGCUUAGAGAUCCACCGUCUCCAAGCGUUCUCAUAUAUUUGCUUUCACCGGAGUUUGGAAAAAGCGAUGGCCGCCCCUGGUUAUGGAUCAAUGGUUGGCCAGAUCUGGGGCUUCAUUGAGCAACUCAAUGGUUGGCCAGAUCUGGGGCUUCAUUGAGCAACCAAAUAAUACCCACGGUUUUCUUUUCCGUUUCGUCCGAGUUUAAUGGCAAAUCUUACAAUAGCCGCCUUGGUUAAAAAGCGUCGAUGGUUGGCCAGAUCUGGGGCUUCAUCGAGCAACAACAACCAAUAAUAAUACCCGCGGCAAGCUUCCUAUUGGAAUGCACACACAAUUCGCUCAUCGUGUCUCCCAGAAAGUGACAUU